AUGAGCAGGCUGGGUGGCGCGGCCUGCGGCGACCCCGGGGAAGCUGCCCGAAUCCGCGCCGGCCAAUCAGCGCGCCGCGCCGCGGGCCGGCCGUGCUCUGCGCCGGCGCACACCUGCCGCCAGGGAGCGCUGUCGGGCUCCUCCAGGACCCCCGGAGCCGCAGAACUCCACCUUGAAAGGCAGCAGCCCUCGAGGGGCCACUCCCUAGCUGCUCCCCACCUGCCCGGCCCAGCCCAGCCCGGCCCAGAGGCCCCUCCUAGCUUCCCCGGACACGCCCGCGCUCAGACGUACAGGCCCCGCUCCUCGGGGGCGCGCGCCACCCAGCUCCGCCUCUUUCCAGCCACGCAGAAAUGUGCUGCCUCCAAAUCCUGGAUUCCAGCUUCUGGCCCUGCGAACCGGCUUCCGGGCCCUCCGGCUCUCCCUCCCUCGCUCCCCUCGCCAGGCCCGGAGAGGCCAGGGCAUGCCCCGCCCAGCCCCUCGGGGCACCGGGCCCCGGCGGCCACGCUUCCCACCUCCUUCACGGGACCCCAGGCAACGCGGCUGGAGGAUUCUGCCAGAGGCUACCGUCCAGAUUUCAGCGCGGCAGCUCGGGUGGAAACCCACAUCAACGAAACAUCAACAAUCGCUCCUGGCACAUCUCAGAGGAACGGCAAGGUGCCUGCCCCGGGCGGGGACGCCCGGCCCCGAUGGAGGUCACGUGACCACAAGACCCCGCCCAGCCGACGCCUCCCCGCGCGCGCCCGGAGGCGGUCGCGGGCUCGCGAGAGAACGUGA